GUUUAGACCCAGGCCGAAAAUCUUACCUCGAUGUGAAGUCACAGUAUUAUACAGUUCACUACUGUAGAAUGACAAAGGAAAUACUGUUGUAAAUUGGACAAAAUACAGCAAGAAUUCGCAAUAGAAUGGCAGUGCAAUUGUAAGUACAGUAGCCUACAAAUACAGUAAAGUGGUGUGUAAUGCAGUCAUUACUGUACAGUGAUUGAUAAUCUGUAACAAACACAUAAGGCAAGGACAACAAAUAGUUAUGUUGUCUAUGUGCAGGAUUGGCCGACAACCUCAUGCGGGUGGAAGAAGAAAACUUCUAACCGAUCGCCAAGAACAGGAGAUCUGUAACAUGGUGAUAGCAAAUAAUGCCAUAACACUGACACAGAUCCGGGAUGCAGUCCUCCAAAACAAUGGCGUCUUCCAAAACAUCGACUCCAUCAGCAUAUCAACAAUAGACCGGGUUCUGAAGAAGAACCUAAUCACCAUGAAACAGAUAUACAGAGUACCAUUUGAUAGGAACACUGCCAGAGUAAAAGAGCUGCGGUACCAGUAUGUGCAGAGAAUCCUGGCACUGGAGGGGAGUGAAACACCACACAUCCUAGUGUUUGUUGAUGAGGCAGGCUUCAACCUGGCCAAGGGCCGCAGGCGUGGCCGAAACAUCAUUGGCCAGCGGGCCACAGUGGAUGUCCCAGGCCAGCGGGGGGGAAAUAUAACCAUGUGCGCGGCUAUUUCAGAAAAUGGUGUGGCCACCCACACUGCAAGCUUGGGCCCGUAUAACACAGAGAAACUCCUCCGUUUCCUGGACCAACUAUAUGUAUAUUUGGUCCCAGAAAAUGAGAGGGGUCUCGAAGGGCCCCACCUACCCCAGUUUGUCAUUGUAUGGGACAAUGUUAAUUUCCACCGUGGUCCACGCAUCCGGGCAUGGUUCAACAUGCAUCCAAGAAUGCAUAAUGUCUUGUUACCACCAUAUUCUCCAUUCCUGAAUCCUAUCGAGGAGUUUUUUCUCUGCUUGGAGAUGGAGAGUAUAUGAACACCAUGCUGAAAACCAGAGGUCUCUCCUCAAUGCUAUGGAUGCUGCCUGUGAGGAUAUAACAGGUGAUCAGUGUAGAGGAUGGCUCAGGCAUUCACGACGCUUCUUCCCACGCUGCAUCUCAAGAGAAAACAUCAGAUGUGAUGUUGAUGAGAAUCUGUGGCCGAACAGAGCACAGAGAAUGGAUGGCCAGGAAGAUGAGGAUGGUGACCAGGCGAGAGAGGGGAGUGACCGCGACUAAACAAAAUGUCUUCAUUUGUGACUCUUUAUUUACAGUAUUCAUUUUUUGUUUGUUUUUGUGGGUUUUUGUAUUUUGUGUACACAGUAUACACAGCGUAUACAUUUUCCUUUUUAUUGUUCCCUACCUACAGUAAUGUGUACAAUUCACGUUAGCUGAGAAUAAAAAUGAAAAUUCCUCGGCAGAA